CUGUGAUUGGUCAGAAGGGCAAACAAAAGGGAGGAGGAGACUGCGGUCCUUUGGGGCCUAUUCCCCGGGGCUGAGCGGAGGGUUACGCGGUAGUAGAGGAGUAAAGUCCUGUGUCAGUGUGUGAGCGCUGCAAAGUAUUCCCGGGGUUCCGCCGCGGCUCCGAUCAGCUGUCUGACUCAAGGACACGCCCAAUCCGCUGGGUCAGACCAAUGAGAGCGGCCGAUGCUGGCAGGUGCGGGUGUUAUUGUUUUGGGCACAAGUUGAAGGCCUGGGAGACCGAGGAGCUGCCGGGACACUCGCUGCUUCUCUCACGGGACAGGCCGGGGAUCCUCACUGACCUCUCCCCCACAACAACAUCCGCUCUGAACCGGGGAACUCGGGGGACAAGGGCCCCCACACGCCCCAAUGAGGAGAGACAUGAACGGGGUCACCAAGAGCCGCUUUGAGAUGUUCUCAAACAACGACGAGGCUCUGAUUAAUAAGAAACUUCCGAAGGAAUUACUGCUCAGGAUCUUCUCUUUCCUGGAUGUGGUCACUUUGUGUAGGUGCGCACAGGUCUCUAGGGCCUGGAAUGUUCUUGCUCUGGACGGCAGCAACUGGCAAAGGAUAGACCUGUUUGAUUUCCAGAGGGAUAUUGAGGGCCGUGUGGUAGAGAAUAUAUCCAAGCGCUGCGGGGGGUUUCUAAGAAAGCUGAGCUUACGUGGAUGUCUCGGUGUAGGGGACAACGCUCUCAGAACCUUCGCUCAGAACUGUAGGAACAUUGAGGUGUUAAAUUUAAACGGCUGCACAAAGAUCACAGACGCAACGUCCACGAGCCUCAGUAAAUUCUGCUCCAAGUUGCGCCAACUGGACCUGGCCUCCUGCACAUCCAUCACUAACUUGUCCCUCAAGGCAAUCAGCGAGGGCUGUCCUCAACUGGAGCAACUGAACAUCUCGUGGUGCGAUCAGAUCAGUAAAGAUGGGGUCCAGGCUUUAGUAAAAGGCUGCGGGGGGCUCCGUCUUCUCUCUCUCAAAGGCUGCACACAGCUGGAAGAUGAAGCGCUCAAGUUUAUUGGCUCCCACUGUCCCGAACUUGUUACAUUAAAUCUCCAGGCGUGUUCACAGCAAAUCACAGACGAUGGUCUGAUCACAAUAUGCCGUGGAUGCCACAAACUCCAGUCUCUAUGUGCCUCCGGCUGCUCCAACAUAACAGACUCCAUUCUUAAUGCACUCGGACAAAACUGCCCCAGGCUCAGAAUACUUGAAGUCGCACGAUGUUCCCAGCUGACAGAUUUGGGAUUCACCACUUUGGCAAAGAACUGCCAUGAGCUGGAGAAGAUGGACCUGGAGGAAUGUGUACAGAUCACAGACAGCACCCUCAUCCAACUUUCCAUGCAUUGUCCCAGGCUGCAGGUAUUGAGUCUGUCACACUGUGAGUUAAUAACCGACGACGGGAUCCGCCAUUUAGGGAACGGAGCCUGUGCCCACGACCGGCUGGAGGUCAUCGAGUUGGAUAAUUGUCCUCUUAUCACCGACGCAUCUCUUGAGCACCUUAAGAGCUGCCAGAGCCUAGAGAGAAUAGAACUCUAUGACUGCCAACAGAUCAGCAGGGCUGGCAUCAAAAGGCUGCGGGUGAGGGCAACGGCUGCAUACUUGCCCUUUAGUCUGGAAUAGGAAUCACUGUUUUGGACUCAUCUUCCAAACAUUAAAGUUCAUGCCUACUUUGCCCCCGUCACCCCUCCUCCGUCAGUGGGGGGAAGCAGACAGCGCUUCUGCAGAUGUUGUGCCAUUCUAUGAGAGAAAAGACCCCCCUCGGCUUCCCCCUCCCACGUGGGACUCAUUCAGCAGAGAAUGCGCCGGCUGGGGUGUUGGGGCGAAUGUUACGUCUCAAGAGAGAGCUCGUCCAUCCUCCCCUUCCCACUGAUAGGGUGUGGUUGGGCUCACACCAUUAUUUUCUUGUUUUUUUUUUAAUUUUAUUAUUAUUAUUGUUAUUAUUGUUUUUGUCUACCCCAGAUAGAAAAUAUUUGAGGUGAGGGUUGCCUUGAACAGCUGGGGAACCCCACAGCACUCCGGGGAGCUAUUCCCACAACAUAGGAAGAGGGUCAGCUGCUGCAUUGGGGUGGAUCGUCCUGUUUGUGAUUUUCAGGGGGGAACGGCCGACCCCUAUUCACACGAUGUUUCCUUGGUCAGCAGAGGUGCAACUUUAUGCCUCUGGGGGGAUGGGGGACAAGUUUAGUCACUGCCCUGUGUCAUAUGUUUGUUAUGGAUAUCAGAGAGCAGACCCCAGACAAAGAUGGACCUUCAGCUGUACCCCCUUAUUGUUGACCCUCAGCACUGCAGCAGCAAGCGGCACCCUCCCUCACUGUACCCCCUGGCGUAGCCUAUGGCGGAUGCUCUCCAGCUCCGUAUAAUGCAUUCCCCGAGAAACAAGAACAAAAAAAAGGAAAAAAAAAAAUUAUAUAUUAUAUAAAUAUAUAUAUAGAGACUUUGUACGAUAUAAUUUUAAUGAUAUUGCGGGUUACUCCCUCCUCACACUCAUGUGGAUGUGAUAAUGCCAAUUACAGAAGUAUAAAUUAAAAAGAAAAGCGAAAUGA